AUGGCUGAUAUCCGAUCCGAAGAGGCAGCAUCAGAGGUUGUGGAUUCAGUUCGCUUUCGCUUUUAUACAGCAGAAGAAAUUCGAAGGAUAAGUGUUAAAAAGAUUACCAAACCCGAUCUCCUUGAUUCCAAAAAUGCUCCCGUUCCAGAUGGAUUGUAUGAUCCUGCAAUGGGUCCAAUUAAUGAUACCGACUCCUGCAAAUCUUGUGGCCAGCUUUCUUUUCGUUGCCCAGGUCAUUGUGGUCAUAUUGACCUUGCAAAACCACUUUAUAACCCAUUGUUAUUUAGGAAUCUUCAAAAUCUUCUUCAGAUUACUUGCUUCUUUUGCCGUAGGUUUAGGUUAAAUGAAGAAAAGGUCCAAAGAUAUGCUGAACAACUUGAUCUCAUAGCAAAGGGUGAUGUUGUUGGGGCUAGAACUUUAGAAGCUCACUCAUGGGGUGAAUAUUAUUUCCCAGAUGGAGGAGAAACAGAGUCUGCUGUUAUUUCUACCAAUGAAUCUUUGUUAAAAAUAACGAAUUUGAAACAACAACAGACAUGGACCUCACUUCAGUAUUCUGAGGCUAUCUCCAUUAUGUCUAAAUUUUUGAGGGAAAAGUCUAAGAAGUGUGCAAAUUGUGGUAGGAAAAAUCCAACAAUUACUAGCCCUACAUUUGGUUGGCUCAAUAAGGCUAUGCAAGCUUCUGAUAUAAGAACUAAUUUCAUAAUAGGGUAUGAUCUGGGUCUGUCAUCCACUGAGGAUCAAAAUGCUGAAGGCUCACAGCCAAGAGGAGACAGUGCUUCACAGACUGAUGAAGAACCAUCGUCCACUGCAAAAGUCGAAGGAAAAACUAAAAAACAAUCGAGGAACCUGCAAAAAACUAAAAAACAAUCGAGGGACCUGCCUCCUGAGAUUGCUAAGCAGAUACUAUCUUCAGGACAGAAGAAGCAUCUAUUACCUUCUGAGGUGGAAGCUAUUUUGAAAGAUUUGUGGAAGAAUCAAGCCAAAAUAUGUGCACUUAUAUGCGAUCUUCAGCGUAGAAGUUUGAAUGCUUCUGGGAGGGACAAAGGAUAUGCAAUGUUUUUCUUGAAGACUCUUCUUGUUCCACCAAGCAAAUUCCGUCCUCCUGCUGGGAGUGGUACUCGUGGGGUGUUGGAACAUCCACAAAAUGUUUUGUUAAGUAAAGUGCAAGAAUCCAAUAUUGCUUUAAGAAAUGUCAUUACCGAUGGCCCUGAUCAUCCCGAUAUUGUGCGGAGGUGGAUGGAUCUUCAAAGAAAUGUUAAUGUGUUGUUUGAUAGUACUAAGGGCUGGGUUAAAACUGAGAGGGAAGUCAAUGGUAUACGUCAAUUAUUGGAGAAGAAGGCGGGUAUCCUUCGUCAGAAAAUGAUGGGAAAGAGGGUCAAUUUUGCAUGUCGAUCUGUUAUAUCUCCAGAUCCAUACUUGGCAGUCAAUGAAAUAGGAAUUCCUCCAUAUUUUGCACUGAGGUUAACAUAUCCUGAGCGAGUGACACCCUGGAAUGUUAAUAAGCUACGGUAUGCUAUCAUCAAUGGUGCUGAUAUUCAUCCUGGAGCUACACAUUACAAGGACAAGGAGAGAAUGUAUAAAUUACAAUUAGGUAGAAACAUGCGCAAUGCAAUUUCAAGGAAGCUGCCCACAUCAAAAGGAGUUCUUGUGCAGCAAGGGAAGGGUCCAGAAUCUGAGUUUGAAGGAAAGGUUGUCUAUCGUCAUUUACAAGAUGGGGAUAUUGUACUUGUUAAUCGGCAGCCUACUCUUCACAAGCCUAGCAUGAUGGCUCAUGUUGUUCGUGUUCUAAAAGGAGAAAAGACACUUCGCAUGCACUAUGCUAAUUGCAGCACCUACAAUGCUGAUUUUGAUGGAGAUGAAAUGAAUGUUCACCUUCCACAAGACGAAAUUUCUCGGGCUGAAGCCAUCAACAUUGUUAAUGCAAACAAGCAAUACGUCGUUCCAACAAGUGGGGAUCCAAUUAGGGGUCUGAUUCAGGAUCAUAUAGUAAGUGCUGUACUUCUAACAAAGUUGGACACAUUUUUGACCCGUGAGGAGUACCAUCAGCUUUUGUAUGCUUCUUUCAUGCCUCCUAUUGCCAGUUCUCAACCUGGCAGAUUUGGUCGAAAAGUUUGCACAUUAUCUUCAGAUGCUGAGAUACAGCCUCUUCUUCCUGCUAUUUGGAAGCCAAUUCCGCUAUGGACAGGAAAACAGGUCAUAACUGCCAUUUUAAAUCAUAUUACACGAGGUCGACCCCCAUUUACUGUGGAAAAUAAAGGCAGAAUCCCCAAGGAAUAUCUUGGAAAAGAUCAUAAUGAACUGAAGUUACUUAUUUACAAGAAUGAUCUGAUACAUGGAAUGGUUGACAAGGCUCAAUUUGGGAAAUAUGGGCUGGUCCAUACAGUCCAUGAACUCUAUGGUGCAGACACUGCAGGCAUUUUGCUUUCAGUUUUCAGUCGUCUAUUUACUUUAUUUCUCCAGAUGCAUGGAUUUACUUGUGGAGUAGAUGACCUUUUACUUGACCAGAGUUCAGAUAUGGAGAGGAAAAGAAUAUUAGAAAAAAGUGAAGCACUGAGUGAAGAUGUCCACAUCCGUUUUACUGCUUUUAAAGAUGGGGAUAGAGACCCAGUAAAAUUACAGAGGGAGAUUGAGAAGACCCUAUGUCGGAAUAGAGAAUCUGCAACAGCAUCGUUGGAUAGAAUGAUGUCCAGUUCUAUGAAUGUUCUAACUUCUGAGGUGAACCAAACCUUAUUUCCAAGUGGACUACAAAAGCCCUUUCUGAGAAAUUGUCUCUCUCUUAUGACCACAACUGGAGCUAAAGGUGGUUUGGUCAACAUGACACAAAUUUCUUCUUUGCUUGGGCAACAAGAGUUGGAAGGGAAACGAGUCCCACGUAUGGUUUCAGGAAAAACAUUACCCUGCUUUCCCCCUUGGGAUAUUUCAUGUCGGGCUGGGGGAUUCAUUAGUGAUCGCUUUUUGACUGGUCUUCGCCCUCAGGAGUAUUAUUUCCACUGCAUGGCUGGUCGUGAUGGGUUGGUUGAUACGGCUGUCAAAACAUCGCGAAGUGGAUACCUUCAACGAUGUCUUGUUAAGAAUCUUGAGUGUCUGAAAGUAUCUUAUGAUCAUACAGUACGUGAUGCAGAUGGAUCUGUUAUCCAGUUUAUGUAUGGCGAAGAUGGAGUUGAUGUCCUAAAAACUAGCUUUAUUUCUGAAUUAGGAGCACUUGCUGCUAAUCAGACGGUUGUUCUUGAUAGGCUUAGUAGUCAACUUGAAGAUGCGCAUUUGUCAAAAUCAAAUGGUUAUCUUAAGGAGUUACCAUAUUUGCUGAGAGAGAAUGCAACUACUUUUGCUCGUCUAUCAAAGAACCACCAAGGCUCCCUUCGUCAAAUUAGGCGAAAGGACUUGAUGAAAUUAAUGAAGCUCAAAUACUUGUCAAGUCUUGCUGAGCCUGGUGAACCUGUUGGUGUGAUUGCUGCUCAAUCUGUUGGAGAACCAUCAACACAAAUGACGCUCAACACUUUUCAUCUUGCUGGCCGAGGGGAAAUGAAUGUGACUCUUGGUAUUCCACGCUUACAAGAAAUCCUGAUGACAGCAUCAGCAGACAUUCGUACUCCUGUUAUGAAGUGUCCAUUGCAUGAUGGAAGGACCAGGGAGGCUGCCGAACAGUUGGCUUCAAAGUUAAGGAGGGUCUGUUUGGCAGACAUUGUAGAGAGUAUGGAAGUCUGCAGUGUGCCAUUCUGCAUUCAUGGGAAUGAGGUGUCGACAAUUUAUAAGCUGAGGAUGAACCUUUACCCACCCGAGCUUUACCCCCCACAUUCAGACUUAACCUUAGAAGAUUGCAUGACAACCUUACGUACAUACUUUAUUGAUGCUAUGGAAGAUGCAAUAGCAAAACACUUGGACAUGAUAUGCAAGAUCAGUGACAUCAACUCUGUUACUGCAAAAGGAGAAAGUAACUUAGAAGAAGGGACGGAUGAAGAUGAACAUGGAAGUAAAUCCACUCACAGGGAGGACAAGGAUAAUAGCAGGGGCUUUGAUGACGUUGAUGAUGAUGAUGGAAUCAAUGAGGAUGAAGGAAUGGAUGCUGAAAAGAGGAAAAAACGAGCUAGUGAUGAAAUGGAAUAUGAGGAUGGUAUUGAAAAAGAGAACUCUGCUAAAGCAGAUGAGCAUGAUGGAGAGACCCAAUCUGGAUUUGAAAGUGAAAUUGAUCAGGUUGAGGCUGAUGAGGAUUAUACAGUGGGAGGAGAUCCCAGCAUGGAAGUUGAAGAUCCUAGCUUGGAAGCUGAGGAAACACCUGAAAGCCCAUCUAAAGCUGAGCCUACUCCCACAUUGGAGGAUGGCAAGAAGAAGCAGAAACUGGCAGACAACAAGGAAUCAAAAUCAGAAUCCAAGAAGAAGACAACCAAGCCAAGGAAGAAAAAGAUUAAUAGAACCAUCUUUGUGGAUGCAAAGGGUUUGACAUUUGAGGUUCACUACAUUUUUAAGAAGGAGCCUCGCAUUUUACUGGCUGAGGUUGCUCAGAAGGCUGCCAAGUCUGUCUAUGUUAAGGAGUCUAAGAACAUUGAACUGUGCUCAGUGCCAGAGCCAAAGAAAGAUGAGCCCCUCUCACUUCAGACUGCAGGAGUGAACUUCCAAGCAUUUUGGGACCUCGAAGACCACUUGGAUAUUAAUAAAAUAACCUCAAAUGAUAUACAUGCAAUGCUAAACACGUAUGGUGUAGAGGCAGCCAGAGCUACCAUUAUAAAAGAGGUGAAGGGUGUGUUUGAUGCGUACGGCAUACGUGUAAAUAUCCGUCACCUGACACUGAUUGCAGACUUCAUGACUUUCCAUGGUGGGUAUCGGCCGAUGAACAGAAUCGGGAUGAACAAUUUCAACACCUCACCUUUUGGCAAGAUGACUUUCGAGACGGCAACCAAGUUCAUUGUUGGAUCAGCUUUCCAUGGGGAGGUGGAUACCUUAGAUGCCCCUUCGGCUAGUGUCUGCCUUGGCCAGCCAGUGAAGAUGGGGACCGGAUGUUUUGACUUGAUGCAAAAUCUGCAGCUCUGAUGAAUGAGUAGAUGGAUGUGGUUUUGCAUUCAUGUAUUAUUUCAUGAAUACAUAUGGCAUUCAUGUCUUUAUUUAUGAGUUUUUUUGGCAAGUUGUUUCAUUUUCUUAGAUGGUGCCUCUAUCUGUCUCAUGAUGCUGAAUCAUGGCUUAUUUCUAAUAGUGAAAAAGGAGACUGUACGGGUAUUCAAGCAAAUUGUAUAUUUUGUUUGUGGAAGUACAGGUCUUGUACUAAUUAAAUGAUCUGUCAAGUUCUUUCUUUAAUGUGCUACUGAAUUAAAAAUGCAAGACUGUCAAGAGUAACCAGAGGUGGACUUUCAUGCUGUUAGUUGAAAUGUACAGUUGUUCUCAAUCAUGUGGGAAUUGAUAUAAACAAAAUGUGUACUUAU